GGGCAUUUCAUCGGCGGCGUUUCCCUCUUCUCUUUCUUUGUUCCUUUAAUUUUCCUGUCAUCCCGCGGGGCGCCCAGCCCUGCAGACAGCCCCCGGAGCAUAUGUGCGUGUCACAGGCAGCCUGCUCUCCCGGCGGAGGGGGAGGGCGCCUUUCGCAUGGAUCCGCUCGCUAGCUGAGGGCAGCGCCGCGCCGGGCCGGGUCCUGUGAUGCAGCAGUCGUGUGCGGGCAGGCCCCCCUUCUAGGCGCUGCCUGCGCUCUGCGCACGGGGUGGCGGAGGCGCGGGGCUUGGCCCCGCUCCAUGGAGACCAAUGGCAUCGCUUCCACCCACCCCCACCGGCCCCGAGCCCGCCGGCACGCACAGCUACACGCUACAGCCCACCAUGGCCCCACCGCCGCCGCCGCCGCUCCAGCCGUCGGCGAGUGGAAAGGUAGAAGGCCAGCCCAAUGGUGACACAAUCCCAGCUGAGCAAGCCAACCCUUCAGAUGACACUGUUGCUGGUGCUGGGAGUCGUCAGAAUGAUCAGAUAGUGCAGAAAAUAGAGGAAGUGCUCUCUGGAGCCCUUGAUACAGAGCUGCAGUGCAAAUCAGAUGUAGACAAAAAUACUGUGAAAAAUAGUUCUCAGCCUACAAAAAGAAGCUCUACUGCUGAAGAUGAAAUUCCUAGGAAAAAAUCAAAGAAGAACAAGAAGCACAAAAGCAAGAAGAAGAAGAAAAAGAAGAAGAAAAGGAAGAAAGAGAAAAAGCAUAAAAAGCAGCCAAAGGAGGCAAAGCUGAGUGCACGUCAUGGAGACCGUGGGGACGCACAGCCUACUUCUCAGUUAAUACCAGAGAAAUCAAGCUCCAAACUGAGCGUACAGCAUGGAGGAUUUGAAGGUGCAAAUCUGGCUGUCCAUACGCAGCCAGAACUGUGCUUGCAAACAAGUGCGGAGCUUGACAGACAAGCUGUAGGGCUUGUUUCUCAUUCAGGAACUGAUUCUCAGCAAUCUACAGAAAAUCUUGGGAGUGAGCAGGGGACUUUGUUUGCAGCAAAUCCUCCAUUUACUUUAGAAGGCAGUCAGUCUGAUACCCAAGGAGAUGCUAGUAUAGCUCAAACUAGAAUUUGCACUAGAGAAGAACAAAUUAAACAGUCUCAUGACAAUAUUUAUCCUAUAGCUAUUAAUGUGAGUGAAAAGGGUGUUCUUAUUGAUACUGGAAGUAAUACUUCAUCUAGCAUCCUGUAUGAAGUCACCAAUAAAUCUGACAUACAGAAAGAUUCAACAGUAACUCUAGCUUCAGAGGUAGUUGAGGCACUAAAAGGUUCAGCAGUUACUCUGAAAUCUGAAGGCACUGGGGAAGUAAAAGCUUUGGAUACAGCUCCUGAGUCUGAGUCCAUGGAGGUGUUGACAUAUUCAGAAGCAUUUCUACAGUCUGUGGCACAGGGGGGAGCAAAAGAAAUGGAAGCAACUUCGGAGUCUGUGUAUUCAGCAAGUAAUGUAACAACUAGUCCUAAAUUUGCAAGUCAGGCAGAUCUGAGUACUGUGAAUGUAGCUCACAUGUCUGUGGCCAUGGAAGAAGUGAGAAUUCAAGAAGCAACUGAAAAAUCUCUGCCUAUGGGAAAUGUGGAAAGAUCUUUGCAAUUAGGAGGUCUGAGCAGAACUUUGGAGCCAGCCGUGAAAAUCUCAGUUACAUCUGAUGACUUGAGAGUGAUGCAGGCCAGUCCCAUCGAGGGUUCAAGUGUUUUGAAGGCAGAUACGUCUUUGCAACAUCCUUAUAAAGUAUCUGCAGCGGCUGCUGUGACCCAGAUGGAAAUAAAAAGUGUCAAUAUGGACCAGGGCUCAGGAGCUGUUACAGAAGUGAAGGGUAUUGAACCAGCUAGAAGCUCUGGACAUACGGAAAAUGUGAAAACUUUGGAAGGAGCUUUGCAGCCAGUUGCUGUAGGAAAGCCCGAAAGUUUGGAAACAAUCCUGAAACCUGUGGAUGUUGCAGCAAAAGAUGUCACAGCAGCUCAAGAACAUCUGCAGGCUGAAGUAAAAUAUGUGGAAGGUACCACUGGUCCUGCAACAGUGUUGUAUGCAUCAAGAGUGUUCCUACAGCCUAAUGUCUUGACAGACACAAGAAGUGUGGGUAGAACCCAGGAAUCUAUCCUUCCAGCAGAAUUGACACAUGUGAAUGUGGUUGCGGAGAUAGAGGGUUUAAGAUCAGCUUUAGAACCUAUUGGCCAGACCUUUGCUCCCCAGACAGUUCCAGAAAUCCAGAUGGUGGAGGGUUUUAAAGGUCCACAAGCAACUACAGAAGUUGCAGCACUAGCAGGAGUAAAAAUUCGAGAAACAAGUCAAGCUGCUCUGCAGCUGGAAAAUACUGAUGCUUCAAAAAUUUCAGAAUCUACUUUCAAGCCUGUUGCUGUAACAGCAAAAGAUUCAGAAGAUACUUCAUUACUGAGACGAGAGGAGCCGAGAGAAUUAAGAUAUGAGGGUGAAUCAAGUGUGAGAGGUCCCCUGUCUUUGCAGAAUGAAGCUAUGAGUGGCCUAGGAGGAGUCCUAAGACCAGUGGCUGUGGUGGAAGCAGAAACUUUGAAAACAAUUUCACCAUCUUUGCAAAUGGAAGGUGUAAAGGCUUCCGAAGCUGUGCACUGUGGGACUGUGGCCAGAGGUUUAGCAGCAACAGUGGGUUCAACAGUGGUGUCAAAAGCUUCAGACAUAAAUUUUGAGGGUAUGGCAGUAGAGGCAGGCUCAGAUGCCAGUCUGGCUAUGAAAGUAGAAGCAAGUCCAGGGCUUCCUGCCUUGGAAGAAAUGUCGGAAAGGCCUCCUGAAUCUGUGGUUGCAUGUGUAAGCAUGGAAGCGGUUAGGGAGUCUGAUGCAUUAGCAGGAAUGAUGCAUUUGAAAGCCACAGCAGAUGGAGAACCAAAACAUACAGAAGCAGUUGCAGAACCUCUUGGUGCAAACAGAACAGAGAGCUACAUUUCACAGUCUCAGGUCAUGGCACAUACAAGAAUGCCACAACCUGAUACAGUAGGGGACAUAAAGGAUUCUGAACUAGCUACCAGUUCUGCCACCGUAGAAGUGAGGGAUUUAGACAACUUGAAAGUUGAGGCAGUUGCAGAGGUAAGAGAUGUGGAAGUGAGAUCAAAAACUUCACACUUAACACAGAUGAAAAAUUUGGAAAUGGUUGUGGGAUUUGAAACAAGGGCCCUAAUGGAAGGCAUGGGAAGAGCAUUGGCAUCUGAGGUGGUUAGGAAAAUGAGGUAUUCUGAAGUUGCUCCAGAAGAUUCAAACAAAGCAAAGGCAAGGAGUGAAGAAGCAGUAUUAGAACCCCAGCAAACUGUGAUGGUGCAGACUUUAGAAACAAGUUCAAAAUCUAUACAGGAACAAAUAGUAGGUCAUUCAGAAGCAGUAUUAGAGCAUUUGCCCAGAGUGGAGGAAAAAACUAUGGCAUCAGAAAUGGUGACAGAAGUAAGCAACUUGAGAGGAACUUUGGAAUCUAAGAUUUCAACAGAUGUGAGAACUCAGGGACCUACUGUAGAAUAUAUAAUUGCAACAAGGAAGACAAGCGCACAAAAAAAUGAGCCCUCGCUUAGCGAUGUCAAAUAUUUGGAAGAAGCUUCAGAAAUGGAGAAAUCAGUGAAUGCAGAAUACUUGGAGCCAGCAUCAGAAGCUGGAGAACUGAGGUUGGAAAGUAUGAAAGAGUCUGCAACAGUAGAGGUGAAAGGUUCUGAAACAGUCGAAGUGCCUGAGGUACACAUGGAUAUCCAAGGAAAUCUGGGGGCGAUGAAUGUUUUAGAGCAUGUUUCAGAAGCUGUUCCAGAAUCUUUACGUAUUGAAAAGGAAGAAAAUCUGCAAACCAUUCCAGAAGCAAAAGCUGCUGUAGAAUGGAAGAGUACAGAAGAAGCUCCAGAAAUCCUGACUGCUGCUGAAGUGAAAUCUUCUGAAGCAGGUCUAAAACUAGGGGACAUGAAACAUUUGGAAACAUCACUGGAACAUGAAGUGGCAGCAGAAGUACGAUAUGCAGAAGUGCAGUGUCAGCAGGUGGAGGAUGUGAGAGCUCCAGGUCAAGCUCAGGAAUGUGAGAUACUAGUUGAGAAGAAAGAUACAGAGCAAAGUCAAACAUCUGAGCCUUUUACAGCAGAAACAGCUUUCAGCUCUUCACAUGCUGCAGAUGAAAAAGAGACUCCUGAAUCUGAAAUAAUUGGAGACGCGAAACAGUUGGAAGCAGCUCCAGCUGAUGUGGCAGAAACAAAAGGUUUGGAAACCGUUUCUCUUCCUGACACUGUUGUAGAGCUGAAAGAUACAGAAGCAGCUGUGGGGUUGGAGGGAGAGACACAAGAUUUGGAAGCAGCUUCAGUACCUGAGACUGCUGAAGAAGCAGAGCCAGUACCUGUGGCAGAGGCAGGCCAGGUGGAAGUCAUUCCACAGGCUGAGGCUGUCAAAGAAGCAACUCCAGAACAGGAUUCAGAGAAAAGAGAUUCAGAAACAUCCGAUGUACAGCCUGAUGUGGCGGCACGAAUGAAAGAGACUCUGAUGAGACUCGAGAAAGUUGUUGAAAAAAGUAGCCAUAGAAGCAGUGAUAAAAAACAUGAUGCAAAGAAACAAAAAAGGAGUCGCUCCAAAUCUCACUCCAGGUCUAGGAAGCGGAAGAAAAAAUCAAGGUCACGUUCCACUUCUAGACGUUUGACCUCUAAAAGAGCACGUUCUAGGAGCAGAAACUAUUCAGAUUCCAGAAAAAAGCAUUCCAAAUCUAGAUCCCGAUCUGUGGAGAAGAGAGAGAGAAGAGUGUCUUCCCGGAGGUCUAGGCGCAGACGUUCCAGGUCAUCUGACCACUACAGGUCUAAAUCGAGAUCAGCAGAGAAGAGAGGGAGCAGAUUGUCCAGACGCAGACGUUCCAGGUCAUCUGACCGCUACAGGUCUAAAUCCAGAUCAGUGGAAAAGAGACUGUCCUCCCGAAGGUCCAGACGCAGGCGUUCCAGGUCGUCUGACCGCUACAGGUCUAAGUCCAGGUCAGUGGAAAAGAGACUGUCUUCUCGAAGGUCUGGGCGGAGACGUUCCAGGUCAUCUGACCGCUACAGGUCUAAGUCCAGGUCAGUGGAAAAGAGACUGUCCUCCCGAAGAUCUGGGCGCAGACGUUCCAGGUCAUCUGACCGUUACAGGUCUAAGUCCAGGUCAGUGGAAAAGAGACUGUCCUCCCGAAGGUCUGGGCGCAGACGUUCCAGGUCGUCUGACCGUUACAGGUCUAAGUCCAGGUCAGUGGAAAAGAGACUGUCCUCCCGAAGGUCUGGGCGUAGACGUUCCAGGUCUUCUGACCGCUACAGGUCUAAGUCCAGGUCAGUGGAAAAGAGGGGGAGCAGGUUGUCCUCUUGGAGAUCCCGCCGCAGACGUUCUGGGUCUUCUGACCGUUCUAAAUCUAGAUCCAGAUCUUCAGAAAAGAGAGGAGGCAAAGAAUACUCAUGGAGAUUCAGACAUAGAGGAUCUGGUUCCUCUGAUCGUUCAAAAUCUAGGUCAAGAUCUGUUGAGAAGAGAGGUCGGAAGGCAUCUCUGCGGAGAUCUAAACGUCAGCGGUCAAAGUCCUCUGACCGUUACAAGUCUCGAUCCAGAUCAGUAGAAAAAAGAGAUCGAAAGCAGUCUUCACGGAAGUCUAAACGUCAGCGCUCAAAGUCUUCUGACCGUUACAAAUCUAGAUCUAAAUCAGUGGAAAAAAAGAAAGAGUCUUCACGGAAGUCUAAGCGUCGCCGCUCAAAAUCAUCUGAACGUUACAAGUCUCGGUCUAGGUCUGUCGAAAAAAAGCGCAAGGAAUCUUCAAAAAAAUCCAAACGGAAACGUUCCAAGUCGUCUGAUAGUGUUAAGUCAAGGUCAAAAUCUGUAGAAAAAAGAGGGAGUAAAUUAUCCUCAGUGAAGUGUAGCAGCAAAGGUGUGGAAUCUUCUGAAUGUCAGGAUUCAACCCAGUGUCUUGAAGAAGGAGAAAUUGUUGAACAGUCUUCUGCAAGUGAAGACAGUCCCCGCAAAUCCUCUAAUGGUCCCAUGUCAGUAGCUUUGUCUGAUGAAAGGGUAAAUGGCCCAGAGCUGCCUCCAGCAUUUGAUAGUGGGUUUUCCAAAACUUCUGACAGUCUUGAGAGCAGUUCCUCGUCUGUUAAAGAAAUAGCAGGUCUACAGCCUUCUGUGGUGUCCGAAUUUGAUAGCUCCAGAAUCUCAGAUGACCAGGAAAGAUCACAGGUUUCAGAGCUUUCUGUGACAUCUGGAAAUGGAUCAGCUGAAAAAGCAGUGGCUCUGGAGUCCUCACUACCUGAACUUACAUGCUCCACAUCCAAGUCAAGAUCCUCAUCUGUUGAAAAAAGAGAUCCAGAAACUUCUUCGGUAACAGAAUUUCAGCUCUCUGCAUCCCAUGAGGAUGAGUCGAGAUCUACUUCUGUCAAAGAAAUAGAGGGUCCAGAGUCUCUUCUGACACUUGAAAGUGGAUGCUCUGUGUCUUCAGAUGAUUACAAGACAACCUCCUUAGCCUCCAGAAGAACAGAGGUUCAGGAAUCUUUGAUGUCUGAAAGUGUACUCUCUGGCUUGCCUGAUGCUCAUGAAUUGAGACAUACCCCAGUUGAAAAAACAGAGCCUCAGAACUUUUUACAAGUACCUGAAAGUGAAUCUUCUGAAGCAGCAGAGGCUCAAAAUUCUGUUCUAGCACCUGAAGUUCCAUGCUCUGCAUUCCCUGAUGACUGUGAGUCAGCCUCCUUGCCUGCUGAAAAGGGCCAGAUGCAGGAGCCUUCUUUGGCUUCUGACAGUGGAUGCUUCAGAUCUCCUGAUGCUCAUGAACCCGGAUCUAGCUUUAAUGCACAAACAGAGGAGCUUCUGUUGAUGUCUGAAAGUGGGUCCUUCAGGUCACCUGAUGGAAAUGAACAAAGGUCUUUUUCUGUUGAAAAAGUCAAGGUUCCAGAUGUUUCCUUGCAAGCGGAAUGCGGCCGUGUUGAGAUCUUGGACGACCUCGUUUCAGCAUCGUCAUUUGGAAGAGUACAGGAAGCUGGACUGACAACUGUAGGGCAAAGCUGCAAGUCUUCUGGAGUUCAUGAGUCCAGAUCAUCUGUUGACAAAGAUGGUCUAACACUUCCACAAGUAGUCGAAAUUGAGUGCUCUGAACCUUCUGAAAUGCAUGAAUCGAGAUACCUGCCUGCUGGAAAAAUAGAGGGUGCAGGAUCUGUAUUGAUGUCUAGAAGUGGAAUUCCUGUGUGCCAUGAUGGCCAUAAAACAAAACACAAUUACUUUGAGAAAACAGAAGGUGCAGAACUGUUGUUGGCAUCUGAACUUAGGUGUUCUGUCUUCCCUGAAAGCUAUGAAUUGACAUCCACUGCAGUUGAAAAAAUGGAGAUGCAGAGGCUGGAAAGUGGAUUCUCCAAGUCUGGUGAUGUUUGUGAAGCAUUAAGCACACCUAUGGAAAAACUACAGGCCCCAGUGACUUCGCUGACAUCUGAAGGUGGGCUUUUCAUGUUGCCAGAUAGUCAUGAACUGAGACCUGUCCCUGCUGAAGAAGUGGAGGUGCUAAAGUCAUCUGAACUGAAGUGUGUUGCAUCCCCAGAUGACCACAAGUUGAGAUCUGUCUAUCAUGAAGAAAUACAGGUGCAGGAGCCACCUCUGAUAGUGGAAGGUAGAUGUUCAGUUUUGUCUGAUGGUGAUGAGUUGACGUCCACCUCUUUUGAAAAAAUUGAGGUAGAGGAGCCUUCUCAGUUGUCUGCAAAUGAAUACACAAUUGGGCUUGAUGGCCCAGAGUUGACAUCAACCCCUGCUGAAAAAACAGAACUGCGGGAACUUUAUCGGAUGUCUAAAGAAAGAUGCUCUGUGUCUGCUGAGAGUGAGGAGUUGCGGACACCCCUAAUUGAAAAGAUAGAAGUGCAAAAGCCUGCUCUGACAUCUGAAAAUGAAUAUGCUAUGUCUUGGGAAGGCCAGAUGGCAUCUAGCUCUCCUGAAAAGGUAGAGAUACAGGAGGCUUCUGUAGUACCUGGCAGUGAACAUGCUGUGUCUUCUGAAGAACACGAAUUGUCUUCCCUUGCUGAAAAAACAGAGAUACAGGAGUGUUCUUUGCUGUCUGAAAAUGAAUAUGUUGCAUCACCUCACAGCCAGGAGGUGGCAGCCAGCCCUGCUGAGAAAGAGGUGCAGGAGCCUUCUCUGACAUCUGACAGUGGAUAUACUGUCUUCCCUGAAGGCCAAGGAUUACAGUUUACCCUUGCUGAAAAAAUAGUGGUACAGGGACCUUCACUAAUAUUGGACAGUCAAUAUGUUGCAUCCUCCGAGGGUCAGGAGUUGCACUCUGCUGUCACUGAAAAAACAGAGGGACAGGAGUGUUCUUUGCUGUCUGAAAAUGAGUAUGAUGUAUCCCCUCAACGCUGUGAUUUAAGGUCCAGUCCUGUUGAAAAAGAAGAAAUGGAGGAGCCUUCUGAAACAUCUGAAAGUGAAAGUUCAAUGUCCACUGAUAGCCAAGAGCUGCAGUCUGCUGCUGUUGGAAAAACAGAGGUGCAGGAGUUGUCUUUGUCUGAAGGUGAAUGCGCCAUGUCUCCUGGAGGUCAGGAGAUGCGGUCCAGCUCUGCUGAAAAAGUAGAGGCAAAGGAACCUCUGACGUCUGAAAAUGUUCUGUCCCCUCAAGAAUGUGAAUCAAGGUUGACUCGUGCUGAGAAAACAGAGGAUAUGAAUUCUUCUUUGACAUCUGAAAACGACAAUCUUUUGUCUUUUGAGGGCCAGGAUGUAAGAUUCACAGCUGUUCAGAAAGCAGAUUUGCAGGAGCUUUCAUCAACUCCUGAAAAUGAACAUGCAGCAUCUCCUUAUGGCCAGGAGUUGAGAUUCUCUGCUAUUGGAAAAGAAGGUGGUUUCGAAGUUUCAACGCUAAAUGAUAGCAUCUCCAUGUCCCCUGAUGAUUUGAAAGCCAUCCCUGCCGAAAAAAUGGACGAUGCAAUGCCAUCUUUAAUUCCUGAAAGUGCAUCUUCCAUGUCCCCUGAUGGCUACAGUGUAAAAUCUGGUCCUGGUGAAGAAACAGGAGAUCUAGAGCCCUCUUUGAUAUCUGAACGUAGACAUUCUACAUCCUCGUAUCAGGAGAGCCGUGAGCUGAAAUCUCCCACGGAGGAAGAAGGUCUAGAGUCCUCUUUGACUCCUGAACAUAGACGAUCUGUGUCCCCUGAGGGCCAUGACCGAAAGUCUAUCGUAGAUGAAGAAAUGGAUGAUCGGGAGCCCUCUUUGACAUCUGAACAUAGGCGCUCCACAUCCCCUGAUGACCAUGAGUCAAGAUCUAGCAUUGGUGAAGAAGCAGAGUAUCUGGAGCAGCCUUUGACAACAGAACGUAGAUGCUCUGUGUCUUCUGAUGAGCAUGAGUCAAGGUCUACCGCUGGGGAAGAGGUAGAGGAUGUAGAACCCUCCCUUACAGCUGAACGAAGAGACUCCACAUCUUCUGAUGAGCGUGAGUCGAGGUCUACUGUUGGUGAAGAUGCAGAAGAUGGGGAGCCCUCUUUGACAGCUGAACGUAGGCACUCCACAUCCUCUGAUGACCGUGAAUCAAGGUCUACAACUGGUGAAGAAACAGAGGAUUUAGAACCUUCUUUGACAGCUGAACACAGACGCUCCGUGUCUCCUGAUGGCCGUGAAUCAAGGUCAACCACUGGUGAAGAAGCAGAGGACCGGGAGUGCUCUCCAACAGCUCAACGUAGACACUCCACAUCCUCAGAUGAAUCUGAGUCAAGGUCUACUGCUGGUGAAGAUGUGGAUGAUGUAGAGCCCUCCUUGACGGCUGAACGAAGAGAUUCCACAUCAUCAGAUGAUCAUGAGUCAAGGUCUACCACCGGUGAAGAAGCAGAGGAUGUGGAACCCUCUUUGACAACUGAACACAGACGUUCCACAUCCCCUGAUGGACGUGAAUCGAGGUCUACCACAGGCGAAGAAGUGGAUGAUGUGGAGCCUUCUUUGGCAGCUGAACGAAGAGACUCCACGUCGUCAGAUGAGCAUGAGUCAAGGUCUACCACUGGGGAAGAGGGUGAGGAUGGAGAGCCCUCUUUGGCAGAUGAAGAUAAACAAGAUUCCAUGCCUCUUGAGAGGUCGGAGGAACAGGACUCUUCCUUUGUACCUGAAAGUAGGCGUUCUGAGUCUUCUGAACGUGAGAAAUCCAGAUCCAGAUCUGUUGAUAAAAUGUCUGACAAAGAGUCUUCACAGAGAUCCAUAAGCAGGCACUCAAAGUCUCCUGCUCACCAAAAGAGUCGAUCUGCAUCUGUUGAAAAAGUGGCAGACAGAGAAUCUUCACGAAGAUCUAGACGUAGGCGCUCCAGGUCUACUGCUCACCCGAAGAGUAGAUCCACAUCUGUUGAAAAAACAACAGACAAAGAAUCUUCACGGAGGUCUAGACGUAGGCGCUCCAGGUCCACUGCUCGCCAAAGGAGUCAGUCAACAUCGGUGGAAAAAGUGGCAGACAAAGAAUCUUCACGGAGAUCUAGACGCAGGCGCUCCAGGUCCACCGCUCGCCAAAGGAGUCGAUCCAAAUCAGGUGAAAAAACAGCAGACAAAGAAUCUUCACGGAGAUCUAGAAGCAGACGCUCCAGGUCUUCUCAGCGCAGAUCCCAGAGAUACGAUACAGAAUCUCGUUCUAGACGGAAUCGCUCCAGAUCAGUAACACGGAGAAGAGCAUCAAGAUCAAAAUCUAAUCGUCGGUCUCGGUCUAGUUCGUUGUCGCGUUCAAGGCAUAGAAGGAGGAGUAGGUCAAGGUCAGCAUCAAGGCGGCGGCGUUCUUUAUCAAGAGACAGGCGUAAGAGAUCACAGAGAAACAGAUCAAGAUCUACUGAUAGAAGAAGAAGAAGAUCAGAUUCAAGAGAUCGUAGAAUAUCACUCAGACUACGGAGCAGGAGUCGAACACCUAUUCGUCAAAGGCGAUCAAGGUCAAGAGGAAGAAGACGGAGCUCUAGUAGGUCACCAAUUCGGCUGCGGCGAUCAAGAUCUUCAGGGAGAAGAAGAUACAGCAGAUCACCUGAUCGUCGUAGGUCAAGGUCAUCGGAAUUUUCAAACAGGUCACCUAAACGUCUUACAGACUUGGACAAGGCCCAGCUACUCGAAAUAGCCAAAGCUAAUGCAGCUGCCAUGUGUGCUAAGUCUGGUGUUCCCUUACCACCAAGCCUGAUGCCUUUGUUAUCUCAAAAGAAAGACGACAAAGCCAACCAGAAGUCAUCAAGAGAUACGCUAAAGGAGCUUACUGAGAAAUGCAAGAAGAUUGCCCAGAGCACAGAUGAUGUGAUAGUGAACAAACCUCAUGUUUCUGAUGAAGAGGAGGAAGAGCGUCCUUUCUAUAAUCAUCCUUUUAAGCUCAGUGAACCCAAACCUAUAUUUUUCAAUUUAAGUACUCCCAGCAUAAAACCAGCACCACCUCCACAACCAAAAAAUCAAGUCAGCCUGUCAAAGGAAUUCCCUGUUUCAUCUGGGUCUCAGCAUAGGAAAAAGGAAGCAGAUAGUGUCUAUGGAGAAUGGGUUCCAGUUGAAAAAGGCAAAGAAGACAGCAAGGAUGAUGUUUUCCCCAAACCAUCCAUUGAGGGCGUGGACAUAACUACAGCUAUGAAUGAUCGAGCAAUAGCUCAGAAAAGGCUUAAUGAAAACACAUUUGAUUUAGAGGCCAUGUGCAUGUUAAAUCGUGCACAGGAGCAGAUUGAUGCCUGGGCUCAAUCAAACUCCAUACCUGGCCAGUUCACAGGAAGUACUGGAGCACAGAUAUUGUCCUCGGAUGAGCUGACCAACAGUGGUCCCCAAGCAUGGAUUAGAAAGGAUCAGUUCUUAAGAGCAGCCCCUGUAACUGGAGGAAUGGGAGCUCAACUGAUGAGAAAAAUGGGCUGGAGAGAAGGAGAAGGGCUUGGGAAAAACAAAGAAGGCAGUGUUGAGCCAAUUAUGGUGGACUUUAAGACAGACCGGAAAGGGCUUGUUGCUGUGGGAGAGAAGGCACAGAAGAGAUCUGGACAUUAUGUUGUGAUGAAGGAUCUUUCAGGUAAACAUCCCGUUUCUGCUUUGAUGGAGAUCUGUAACAAAAGAAGAUGGUCACCACCUGAAUUUGUGUUGGUGGAUGACAGUGGGCCUGAUCAUCGCAAACAUUUUAUCUUUAAGGUGAGAGUCAAUGGAAAUGAAUACAGGCCUACUUUUGCCAGCCUUAACAAGAAGCAUGCUAAAGCCACAGCAGCAACUGCGGCUCUCCAAGCGAUGGGACUUGUACCAAAGGAAAGCAUGGUUAAUACCACCAUGUUUAGGAGUGCCUCACACCGCUAGAUAUUGUUUUUUAUAUUGACAUUAUUUCAGAUAAUUUUACUCUGCACAAAAAUGGUAUUUGCCCUUUCAUGUUGUAAAUACAUUGGCAAUUCCCACGUUGUAAAAACUGUACAGACACCUUCAGGUUUUUCUUUUGUACCAUCAAAAUGUAUUUAAAUCAUACUUAGUUUUUGGUAUGUUUAUAUUGUUUACAUUAGUGAUGUAAUUAUUUCUUAAAUGACUAAAUCAGACGACAGACUCUGGAGGCAUCAGUAAUUGAAACCCUUGUUUUAAAGCUCGUGCGAUUCCUCUUCAAUACGGAAUGUUAACACUUUCAUACUGUUUUGUACGAUGCUGCAGUUUUCCCUGGUCUCGGUAAAGCUAUCUGUGCACUUUGCCGGCAGCUGGUGAAGGUCACCCGCUCACCCAUGGCUGGUCGAGGCUGGUGCAUGCUGCCGGAUAGGUACCGGGCAAUGCCGCGGCCCCGCGAGAAAGCACGUGGUGGUAGCCCUGUUGUACAGUGUUAGCACCGCGGCUGCUGUCUGUGUUCAGUCCAGGGUUGGACUUGGUGGUGCACUGCAGCUGGCCCCGCAGCCCAUGCUCCAGGAUGUACGUGAUUUAGGCAGAAGACAUGCACUCGGAGGGACGGCAGGAAGUCCAGCAGUGGAUCCCAUGAGACUCGCGAUGUGAAGGUGACUCUCCCUGCAUGUUCUAAGAAGGGAGAUGAUGGAGUUGUCUAUUCCAAACAAAUUAACACACUGCCUGAUGUUGAUUGUAUGAUUUUGUGGUUAAUGUGAAUUUUAAACUCUUAACAAAUCUACAACUGGAUUUGGGGGGGGGGGGGGGAGGGAAGGGAUAGAAUGACGCUUAAAUUGUUGUACCCAACUUGGUCAAUAAAAGCAGCACAAGUUCAUAAUCUUAAUCACUGGUCAGUAAGCAGUAAUUCAAGUGUCUGCCAAGUUGACUUGUGGAAGAAGGGCGCAGUGUAAGAGUAUGCUGAAGAUCACCAAUAACUGUUAGAGCUGCAGGGUCACUUCUGGUUGCUUUGGAGUAUUACCAAAUUAAUUCCGUGGGCUUCCACUUUCCAUAAUGGUACUCUGCCCUCAAGGAGAAAGCCUGAUCCAGAGUUCGGGCAGUUUGACAAGGGAGAGGAUGUACAAAGCUUUUCCUUCUUUUACAUUUCUCCCCCCCCCCCCCCCCCCCUUCUUUUUUCCCCCUUUAAUUUAAGUGUUAGUACUUGAUCUGUGAUCACUUUGGAUUGGAAAGGGCAUUGCACACCUCUGUCUGGAUUUGUCUGAGUUAUGAUCAGGUUGCCAGGAUUUAUGGACUUCUGCAGCUCAGGUGCUUAUUUCAGAAAAGUCUUUUUGAGGUUUCUUUGUAUUACACCCCCUGAGCAGAGCCUCGUCUGGGAUAGGAACAAAACACAGUUUGUACACAGCAAGGCUGCGCUCAGGCCUUAAAGCGUGUGAGUUUCUCCAUGGUAAUAGGAACACAGAGGUGAAGAAUUACUAGUACCUCUUCCACAAAGUAAGAUGACCUGUGUGUAUUCUGCCAACUGUUAAAGAACAAGGUGUCUUUCUGUGCCCUGAAGGGACAAGGGUCAUGUCUUAUGUACAGCAGAGAAAUGGUGUUUGGUUGUUGACUGCCCACUUCCAAAAAAUAAAGACCCUUACUCGUCUGUCAAAGUGCUCUAGGCCUAAGUUAAUUUUCAUGAACAUAAUUGUCUGUAAUUAAAACUUUUUUCCCUUUGGC